CGAGACCAGCCUGACCAACAUGGAGAAACCCCGUCUCUACUAAAAAUACAAAACAAAAUUAGCCGGGUGUGGUGGCAGGCGCCUGUAGUCCCAGCUACUCAGGAGGCUGAGGCAGGAGAAUGGCAUGAACCCGGGAGGCGGAGCUUGCAGCAAGCCGAGAUCGUACCACUGCACUCCAGCCAGGGUGACAGCGAGACUCCGUCUCAAAAAACAAAAAAAAAAAAAUAAAAAAAAAAACACCCUAGCUAUAUACCCUCACACCGUACAAAACAAAACAAAACAAAAUUAGCCAGGCGUGGUGGCGCAUACCUGUAAUCCCAGCUAUUUGGGAGGCUGAGGCAGGAGAAUCACUUGAACCUGGGGGGCGGAGGUUGCGGUGAGGCAAGAACAUGCCAUUGCAUUCCAGCCUGGGCAGUAAGAGCGAAACUCCUCAAAAACAAACAAAAAAAACCAAAAAAAAAAAAAACCCAAAAAAGACAGGAGGGUCAUAAGGGGAGGGUUGACUGUGUGUCCCUCCAGGUUGUGCAGAGGGGAUUAGAAGUAAGUAGGUUAGAGGGGAGGUGGAGGGAGUGUGCUGGGGUGUGAGCUUUUAUGAUGCUGAAAGGAUCAUGAUAUGCUAAGGACAGGAUAGUGUUGGGUUGUACACACAGGUGUAGGCAAUCCUGGUGGCUAGUAUGUAAAAGUGAAUGUCCUGACUCCCUUAGAGGGUUCCUGCAGAGUGCCCUUGGAGGGACUAGUGCUGGAGAAAUUAAUAGGAGAGGGGACGGGCAUCCAUUAACCUUUUCUUGCCUGCAGCCUGUAGGGUCCAGCGUCAAAGCGAAUCAUGGGGUCCAGGGCUGAGCUGUGCACUCUCUUAGGCGGAUUCUCCUUCCUCCUGCUACUGAUAUCAGGCGAGGGGGCCAAGGGUGGAUCCCUCAGAGAGAGUCAGGGAGUCUGCUCCAAGCAGACACUGGUGGUCCCGCUCCGCUACAACGAGUCCUACAGCCAACCAGUGUACAAGCCCUACCUGACCUUGUGCGCUGGGAGGCGCAUCUGCAGCACUUACAGGACCAUGUACCGCGUUAUGUGGCGGGAGGUGAGGCGGGAGGUUCAGCAGACCCAUGCAGUGUGCUGCCAGGGCUGGAAGAAGCGGCACCCGGGGGCGCUCACCUGUGAAGCCAUCUGCGCCAAGCCUUGCCUGAACGGAGGCGUCUGCGUUAGGCCUGACCAGUGCGAGUGCGCUCCCGGCUGGGGAGGGAAGCACUGUCAUGUGGACGUGGAUGAAUGUAGGACCAGCAUCACCCUCUGCUCGCACCGUUGUUUUAAUACGGCAGGCAGCUUCACCUGCGGCUGCCCCCAUGACCUAGUGCUAGGCGUGGACGGGCGCACCUGCACGGAGGGGUCCCCAGAGCCCCCAACCAGUGCCAGCAUACUCAGCGUGGCCGUUCGGGAAGCGGAAAAAGAUGAGCGCGCUCUGAAGCAGGAGAUUCACGAGCUGCGAGGGCGCCUGGAGCGGCUGGAACAGUGGGCCGGUCAGGCUGGGGCCUGGGUCAGAGCGGUGCUGCCUGUGCCGCCUGAAGAGCUGCAGCCAGAACAGGUGGCUGAGCUGUGGGGCCGGGGUGACCGGAUCGAAUCUCUCAGCGACCAGGUGCUGCUGCUGGAGGAGAGGCUAGGUGCCUGCUCCUGUGAGGACAACAGCCUGGGCCUCGGCGUCAAUCAUCGAUAAGAAGCCUCUACAGCACCCCUGCCCCCUAAUUUAUACAGAAACCGGACCCACUAAUCCUCUGGGAUUGGCCGACUGUGAGCUGCAGAUAAGGCUAUCAGCCACCAAAGAGCAAUGAACAAUGGAAACUUCAGAGAGCUGAAGAAAGGGGGAGGCCUGUGUUCUUGGCCUGCCCCUGAGUCUUCUGGCUGGGGGCAGGUUGCCUGGGCAAGAACUGCUUCUUCAAUUCCUUAACAAAUGCAACCACCAAGCA